AUGUCGGCAGCCAACAAAAUUUUGAUCAUUGGAGGAACUGGCUUCAUGGGUCAGUUCGUCACUAGGGCAAGUCUUGCCUUUGGGUACCCGACCUUUUUGCUUCUCAGGCCAGAAUCUGUGUCCCCUCCCAAGGCUGCCAUUGUCAAAACCUUUCAAGAGAAAGGUGCCAAGGUUAUUCAUGGUGUGAUAAAUGACAAGGAAUUCAUGGUGAAGAUUUUGAAAGAGAAUGACAUCGACGUCGUGAUUUCCCUUGUAGGGGGUUCAGAGUUGUUGGAUCAGGUUACGUUGGUGGAGGCCAUCAAAUCCGUGAAAACUAUCAAGAGGUUUCUGCCGUCAGAGUUCGGUCACGAUGUGGACAGGGCGGAUCCAGUGGAGCCAGGGCUAAGAAUGUACAAGGAGAAGCGCUUGAUUAGGCGUAUGAUUGAGGACUACGGUAUUCCCUACACCAAUAUCUGCUGCAACUCCGUUGCUUCUUGGCCUUACCAUGACAACUGUCACCCAACCAAGGUUCCUCCACCGUUGGAUCAGCUUCAAAUCUAUGGUGAUGGCAACGUCAAAGCUUACUUCGUUGAUGGCAAUGACAUUGGAAAGUUCACGAUGAAGACUAUCGAUGAUAUGAGAACAUUGAACAAAAAUGUUCAUUUUCGACCCUCUGGCAAUUGUUAUUCCAUCAACGAACUUGCUUCUUUAUGGGAAAUCAAAAUUGGUCGCACCAUUCCCAGACUCACUGUAACAGGGGAUGAUCUUCUUGCCAAGGCAGCAGAAAACUGCAUACCUCAAAGUGUUGUAGCAUCCUUCACCCAUGAUAUCUUCAUCAAGGGUUGUCAAGUUAACUUCAGCGCAGAAGGAGCAAAUGAUGUUGAGAUCACCUCUCUUUAUCCAUUUGAGAAAUUUCGAUCCUUGGAGGAUUGCUAUGAGGAUUUUGUUCCCAUGGCCCGUGACAAGCUUCAUGGAGGAACCAGUGAAGAGAUUAAGGUUAAGGACAGAAAGCCCUUGGUAGAGGCAUUUACGAGAAAUGAUGGAAAUUUGAGCUUCCGUUCUUGUGUGGAGAGGAAGGAAAUGGAACAUCAACAUACAACUACCAAAAGCCAAUCUGGGAAAAUGGAUUAG